AUGGCAGCUUCGUCCAAGCCUCUGCAUAUUGUGAUCGUAGGUGGUUCCCUUGCAGGACUCAUGGCUGCUAUACCACUCAGGCGACUCGGCCACAAAGUCACGAUCCUUGAGCGUUCACCUGUGCCUCUGCUACAUGAUCAGGGUGCAGGGGUCGUGGCUGGUGGGGACACUCUUGAGUGGGUGAGACGACACGGCAGAUCGAAACACACAGCCGACGACAUAAGCACUUUGAGUCAAUGGAGGUACUAUCUAGACAGACAAGGUAAUGUGAUUGACCAAGAGAACAGCCAUCAGAGGAUGACUAGUUGGGGAGUGCUCUACAACCUGGGACGCGAGAAUUUUGACGAUCCAGGUAAUAUCCAGGGAGGAGGACGAGAGGACGAGAAUGCUAGAUACGAAUAUGGAAGAAAGGUGAUAGGCGUCGAGGACAAGGGUGAUCAGAUCGAGCUCAAGUAUGAGAGGUGCCGUCAACAAGACGAGCAGGAAGGACAUUACGAAUCUAUUCAGUCAGACUUUCUGAUAAUCGCUGACGGGCCAUCGACACAUUUGCGAAAGAUGCUUCUUGGUGAAGCAACAGCAGAACGAACAUAUGCAGGGUAUGUCGCUUUUCGAGGAACUGUGCCCGAAGCAGAGCUUUCCGACUCAGCUAGCAAUGUGUUUGUGGAGAAAUUCAGUUUCUUCCAUGGUACAAAUCCGAAUACACAGAUUCUGGCAUAUACGAUCCCUGGUGCACAAGGAACUCUCGUUGAGGGUCAGAGGCUCGUCAAUUGGGUCUGGUACCAUAAUGUGCCAUUCGAUAGCGAGGAGUAUGCAGAGAUCAUGACAGACAAGAAUGGGAGUAAGCAUCGAUUCACACUUCCAACGGGAGGCUUCUUGCAGGCUGGGGUGUGGGAACGACAAAGACAGCUAGCUCAAGAUCGUCUCCCGCCACAGUUUGCAGAACUCGUAUUCAAGACGAAUGCGCCCUUUGUACAGGCUAUUACCGAUCUGGAACCACCGAAGAAUAAAUGGGAGGUCGCAAGACAGAUGAAAGGAAAGGCCGUGAUUGUUGGUGACGCACUUGCAGGUUUCCGACCUCAUACUGCGGCAAGCACUAGUCAAGCAGCAUUUCAUGCACUCAGGUUGGAAGAGGUCUUCAGCGACAGAUUAAGUUGGGACGAUUAUGAAGAAAUGGUCUUUGAGUACGCGACCAAACGUCAGAAGCACGGUGUGUGGUUGGGUACGAGGAGUCAAUUUGGCCAUCAUCGUUUAGCCUCAUAA